AUGGAGUCUUCUGCUCUCCUCCCUGCUCAGGUGUCAGGGAGCACCAGCUGGGAGUCUCCCAGGGCUCUGUUUCUCUCCUCGGGCACCGUCAUGUCGUGCUUCACCCAGCUGUGGCACUCCAGCACACCAGACUCUCCCACCAGCCCAGUCCCUGCCUCUCCAGGUGAAAUCCCCAUCCCCAUCAGCCCCAUCGUUGUCACCUCCCCAGGAGAUGGCAGGAAGAAGGCCAGGUCCCCAGUCGACAAGCCAGGCUCUCCAACCCCAGCCUCUCCAAAACCAACCUCCCCUGUGGAGUGCUCCAUUUGCUUCAACACCUAUGACAACACCUUCAAGACCCCCAAGCUGCUCCAGUGCUCCCACGUGUUCUGCCUGGAGUGUGUGGCCCGCCUGAGCACAGGGCUGCCCCCAAACCAACCUGAGGACCAGCUGCCCUGCCCCUUCUGCAGGCAGCUGACCAGCAUCCCUCAGGAAGGUGCCCCAGCACUCAAGACCAGCAAGGAGCUUCUUGCCACGCUGCCUCCUGAACUCCAGCAGGAGAAGGUGCUCUGGAUGGAAGGGACCAAGCUGUGCUGCCGUCAGGCUUCUGAGGACCCUGAGAACCCAGACUCCUGCAUCUCCAUCGACGUUGCCAUGAGCAAGCCCGAGAGCUCGGAAGCUCCCCCGGCGGGGCUGGCUGGGAGGCUGUCCCGCUGCGACAUGUGUGAUGACUGGAAGCGCAUCGUCCUCCUCUCUGCCCUGAUCAUCAUCCUCUUCUGCAUCAUCCUGUGGCCAGUCCAGUGUGCCCUGAAGACAGGGAACCUGCGCUGCUUCACCAGGACUGUUGCAAUGAGCAGGCCAGAGUACCUGUCCCCUAAACCCACCAUGGUGCCCCCACCUGGCACACAAUCUCCUUUCCAGUAG